UUAAGACUUUUAUCUAAUUAAGAAUUUAUAGAAUAUGCCUGAAAAGGAACUUGAUUAUAUCCGUUCUAGGGAUGCUGCUGACGGAUCUUCCACUGAAAAAAAUGGUGGUGUCUAUAUUGAUGCCUUUGACAAGGGUGACAAUGCUGAACCAUUGACUGGUUUUGCUAAGUUUUUUGACUCUUUCAAAAGAUAUGAUGCUGAAGAACUUGGUUUGGAUCCAAACUUGACUGAAGUUGAACGUGCAGCCAUUGUUACUGCCAACUCUCCAUUGUCUCGUUCUCUUAAAAACAGACAUUUACAAAUGAUUGCUAUUGGUGGUUCCAUCGGUACUGGUUUAUUCGUUGGUUCAGGUAAGACCUUGAGAACCGGUGGACCUGCUGGUGUUCUUAUUGCCUAUAUUUUGAUUGGUACUAUGAUGUAUUGUACCGUUCAAUCUCUUGGUGAACUUGCUAUUACUUUCCCUGUCUCUGGUGCCUUUGUUACUUAUAAUACUCGUUUUAUUGAACCUUCUUGGGGUUUCACUAUGGCUUGGAAUUAUGCCUUACAAUGGCUUGUUAUUUUACCGUUGGAAUUGGUUGCUGCUGCCAUGACUAUUCAAUAUUGGACAACAACUAUAAAUCCGGUGGCGUUUGUGGCCAUCUUUUAUGUACUUAUUGUUGCCAUUAACUUUUUCGGUGUUAAAGGUUAUGGUGAAGCUGAAUUUAUCUUUUCUGCCAUUAAGGUUCUUGCCGUUUGUGGUUUCAUCAUCUUGGGUAUUAUCCUUGUUUGUGGUGGUGGUCCAAAGGGUGGUUACCUUGGUGGUAAGUACUGGCACAAUCCAGGUGCCUUUGCUCAUGGUUUCAAGGGUGUUUGUUCUGUUUUCGUUACUGCCGCCUUUGCCUUUGCUGGUACUGAACUUGUUGGUUUAGCUGCUGCUGAAUCCGCCAACCCAAGAAAGUCUUUACCAAAGGCUACCAAGCAAGUUUUCUGGAGAAUCACUCUUUUCUACGUUGUCUCUCUUACUCUUGUUGGUUUACUUGUUCCAUACAACGAUGAAAGAUUGGUUGGUGGAAGUUCUGUUGAUGCUAAGGCUUCUCCAUUCGUUCUUGCCAUUAAGAAUGGUGGUAUUAAUGGUCUUCCAUCAGUUAUGAAUGCAGUUAUUAUGAUUUCCGUUCUUUCUGUUGGUAACUCUUCUGUCUUUGGUUCUUCUAGAACCUUGGCUGCUCUUGCUGCUGCUGGUCAAGCUCCAAAGAUCUUUGGUUACAUUGACAAACAAGGUCGUCCUCUUGUUGGUAUUAUUGCCCAAUGUAUCUUUGGUCUUUUAUGUUUUGUUACCGCUUCUGAUAAGUUUGGUGAAAUUUUCGAUUGGCUUCUUGCCCUUUCUGGUUUGUCCUCUCUUUUCACUUGGGGUUCCAUUAACUUCUGUCUUAUUCGUUUCAGAAGCGCAUUGAAGGCUCAAGGCAGAGAUACCAAUGAACUUACCUUCACUUCCCAAGUUGGUGUUUACGGUGCUUGGUACGGUUUCCUUUUGAACGUUUUGGUUCUUAUUGCCCAAUUCUGGAUCGCUUUGUUCCCAUUGGGUGGAAAGCCAGAUGCUUACGAUUUCUUUGUUUCCUACUUGGGUUUACCAGUCAUUAUGGCCUUCUACAUUUUCCACAAGAUUUGGAAGAGAGACUGGAAGUUGUACAUUAGAGCUAAAGAUAUUGAUAUUGAUACCGGAAGAAGAGAAUUAGAUUUGGACUUGGUUAAGCAAGAAGUUGCCGAAGAAAAGGCUAUCAUUGCUGCCAAGCCAUUCUACAAGAGAUGUUACCACUUCUGGUGUUAAUUAGCUCAUGUGACUCUUUCAAUUCUCCUAUCACUUCCUUGUAUUUAAUAAAAUGGUAUGUAUAUAGAUAUAUACCUGUUAACAUAGUGACAUUAAUUUUUAAAAUUG